AUGCUCUGGACAUUGCGCCUGGGCAAGACGGUCCACCGUGGGUUUUGCCGUUCAUUCUCAUCUACUUCGAAGCAUCCUUUUCCACGAAUACGCUCCUUGGGUGACGUGCAUAGCUCGCGGCCGUCGCCUGAAGCCCACCCCGAGCCUUCUCCUCCAAGCGAUCCCAUCUCUUUCGUCGAGCGAGUCAGACGUCCGGGAGCCGGGAGACAAGUUCUCUUCUUCAUCUUCGGGUCAGCUCUGAUAUAUGGCGUUGCUGCUGAACAAACAAACUCAAAUACUCGUUAUUGGAUCGAGAGGCUUGGGCAGUCGCGGGCAAUCUGGGCCGUAAGAGCACCAGGUAAUGACGAAAUCCGGAGGGCGAGAUUCCUUGAGCUCCGCAUGAAAUGGCAAAAGGGUUUGGACAGACUCCAACAAGCAAUUUCGGGUCUGCCCGAAGACAUAAAAGCGAUGGUCUCCUACAGUUAUACCCAGACUGCCGACUACUUUUUGAAGCAACGUGAAGGCACGCGGGUAUGCUAUAUGAUUGGGGCGGUGAAUGGGCUCGUAUGGCUCGCCUGGCAGCUUCCACGUCUACAUCCAAUCAUGAUGAGGAACUUCACACACCAUCCGCUGUCGGGUCUAUCAUAUACUAUGAUAACUAGCACCUUCAGUCACAGCAGCUUCAUGCACUUGUUGUUCAACACUCUAGCCUUGUCAGGCUUCGGUGCAUAUGCCCACCAUUAUCUCGGUCAAGCACAGCAGAGCGACUCUGCACGUUUACCGGAAUCUACCGCUAACUGGCACUUCCUGGCAUUUUUCAUUUCUGCUGGCAUGUUUUCCUCCGUAGUCUCACACGUCGCCGCUACCCGGCUCACUUACCCAAGGCUUGUCUCUCGGCUGAUGUCGUCAAAGCCUCUAACCGCAUCACCGUUUGCAACCUCAGCGGCCGCUGCAGCUAGUCUAGAAACUGUAGCCUCAGUCAUCAGGCCGUCUCUUGGUGCCUCGGGUGCCGUCUACGCUGCAUUCACCAUGACCGCCAUGGCAUUUCCCGAAACGCAAAUUUCACUGAUUUUUCCGCCCACCCCACCAAUAAGUAUACAGUAUGGCAUGGCCGGCAUGGUGGCCCUUGACAUUGUUGGCAUCUUACGUGGGUGGAAAAUGUUUGACCACUAUGCCCAUCUUGGCGGGGCAGCAUUUGGUUUGUGGUACCAUGCAUAUGGACCUCAAGCCUGGGAGUCGUUCAGGCGCAUGACCCUGAAAGCUUCACCUUCACCGCGGUAG